UGCAGUGCAGACAGAAGUCAAAGGAAAAACUGAGUUCUCUUUUAUGUAAAGUGUUGUGGUUAUUAUAAAUUUAUUUGGUAGUAGUAUCUCAACUUAUUGAAACUGUGAAUUUUUUCUACUAGCUUUGAUUGCUUCAUCAAAAAAUGAGCUUAGCACGAAGUCGGCUCUUGCAGAUCUGCCGUGUUCCCGUUUAUCAAGUAAGAAAUGCAGCUGUUGGUUAUUGGAACAAGGAUUUUCAACCAGGCUUCAACAUCCCAAAAACACCAGAAGAAAAAGCAGCAGUAGCAAAAAAAUAUAAUCUACUUCCAGAAGAAUAUCAACCUGAACAGGAAUUGCAUGAUAUGGGUAUUGGCUGUGGCGAUUAUCCUAAAGUACCCGAUGUCUAUGAAUGGAGUAAGGAUAUUUACUACCCAUAUGAUUUGCCAUCCUAUCGAAUGAAUUAUGGUGAACCCAGAAGUUUGAAAAUGUUGUACUUGACGGGCGAAAAAUGUGACCCAUACUAUUAUGAAACCAAUCGUUGGAAAACCUGGCAAAUGUUCCUUGCUCUAUGUACACCAGUUGUUCUUCUAGCUUCAUUUGCAUUUUCAGAUUUAAAGUUUUUCCCUCCAGUGGCUAAGAGGCAUUAUUAUAAUGAUGGAAUGAAGCAUUAUUCUUAUGAGCCUGUUGAGUAACUUACGUUUGAUAUUUUGUUUAUUAAAACUGUAAACAAUGAAUGUAAUAGCAUUAUAAAUUAAUUUUCAAAUAUAUAGCGUCAAUAUUUAAUUA